UAGUAAAAUACAAACGUUUUAAGAACAUUUUCAGAAUUUUUCUUCAAACAAAAUAAUUUUGUUCGGGUUCAUUAAAAGAAAUUAAAAACAAUUAUGUCCCGCAAAGAAGCUCUUUCACAAUUCAUUAAUCAAAUCCACGGCCGUCCGGUUGUGGUGAAACUAAACUCUGGAGUGGAUUACAGAGGAGUUUUGGCGUGCCUAGACGGAUACAUGAACAUAGCUCUCGAUCAAACCGAAGAAUAUCUCAAUGGACAGUUAAAGAAUAAAUACGGAGAUGCAUUUAUUCGUGGUAACAACGUUCUUUACAUUUCAACACAAAAGAGAAGAGUUAAUUAAAAUUGAAUUAAAACCAAAAAUAUAAUUCUAUGUUACUAUGAUUUUAUAUUUAAUUUAAGAUCUAUUUUCUAAUAAAUAAAUAAAAGUGGCAUUUAAGUAAAACAA